AUGAAUAAAAAAAUUUUAAUUGUUAUUAGAAGCCUUAUUGCUAUUUGUGGAGUUUAUGCUUCACGAAAAUUCAUAAGAAAAUUCUAAAGAUAUAUGGAUUUAGUAUUUUAUGGAAGAGCAAAUACAUUUCCUCUCACUUUGAGUGAAUCAAAAGAAUAUUUAUUAGAAAAUCCUUAAACAAAAUAUAUAUUCUUAACUGGACAUAUUCUCCCAGUAGAUUAAGAAUAGACAAGAUUUCUUAAACUUUAGUGUGGUAUUAAAGAUAAAUUGGAAUUUAAAGUAAAUGAAUUUUAAUUGCUAGAUGUUUAACAUAAGUAUAAUUAUAAAAUAUCAAAAAGCGAAAGAAAGAAUAUUAAAAUAAAUAAAGACAGCAUAUUACUACCUGAAAUAUUUGAUUAUACAAAAUCUUAUUUAUAUUAGAAAGAGAGUACUUCAUUUUUUAAAAAAGUAAAUUGAUUUCAAAUUUAGAUAAUAAACUAAAUACCUUUCCUUAAUAGAAAAUCUAGAAUAGUUGAAACUCAUAAAGGAGCUUAAUUUGGAUAAUUCACAACUAUGUUAUGUGAAAAAAACGGAGAUAAUUUAAAUCUAUUGUACCUCUCCAAUUAUAAUUAUAACAAAAUAUAAAAUCAGAUUCACAAAGAGAUCUUUAAUAUUGUUACAACAACAUCAUUAUUAUUUACUCUUGUAAGUGUAUCAUAAUUGAUCUAUUUUUUUAUUAAAUAGUGGUAAAAUAAACAAAAUGAAAAUAUAAAUAUAGAUCCACCAGCUCCACCACUAUUUAAGAAUUCUAUAAGUGUGUUACUAAACAGCUAAAAUGAUUAAGAUAUAUGUGUAAUAUGUCUAACAAAAACAAGAAGCAUAAUAUUAGAACCUUGUUUACAUUUUAUAUUAUGUUAAGAUUGUGUGAAUCACUUAGAUAAAGAAAUUUGUCCAUUUUGUAGAAUAAAAAUAGAAAAAAAAAUAAAGGUUCUAUAUUAAUAAUGA